AUGUACAUCCCCAGACAGCAAUUCCUCACCGAGGCCGACACUUGGCCUCAGAAUGUCGAGACCCCCCUUCAAUCCAAUGGCUCGGUCGGUCCAUACCCGGGAAUACCUGCCGAUCAGCAACCGCCGUAUAAUAGAGACAAUCCGGAUAUCCACAGUAUUGCGGUGUUUAUACAAAUAACAUGGAUGCUUUGGUUUGUGUUGAUACUGUUGAUGAUGUGUCGUGCUCUCUUCGAUAGGUUCAGUCACGGGGACGACAAUUCAGAUACCGAAUCAGACAUCACAGAGGCGGGCUGGCGGGUCGAGGAUUCGAGCCUGCCCCCUACGUCGGUAGCCUCGCAGCAUCGGAAGAGGUUGAAGAAGCUCGACCAGGUCGCUCCGGCUCAAUCCCUGCUCCACUGGAGAGCCGAGAACACUGCCAUCUGUUUGGAAUCGCUGGAAGAAACCGAUCUUAUCCGCGAACUCCGCUGUGGCCACGUCUACCACGCCAACUGUCUGAGCCUGUGGGUCGAACGCGGCCACCACGAUUGCCCUCUUUGCAAAUACGACAUGUUGGGGCUGAUGAAGAACUUUUUGAAACCUCAUCCCGACGACGACGACGACACUGUUGUCAACCCUGAUGCCGUUCAAGAAGCUGGUCAACCCUCUGGCGAGGUGUGUUCCCUUGACGCGAGCGGUUGCUGA